AUGGCUUCUAGUAGCAUACCAAACCUUUCACCUUCAGUCUUAAGUGGUGAAAACUAUCAAGUCUGGGCUGUAAAAAUGAAGGCUUACUUGAGAGGUCUUGGUCUAUGGCAGUGGGUUGAAGCUGAGAAGGAAGUACCACCUCUUGGAAACAACCCAACACUCAAUGAGAUCCGGGCUCAUGAAGAAGAAAAGACUAAAGCUCCAAGAGCUUUGUUUGUCAUUCAUGGUGCUGUCUCAGAAACAAUUUUUUUAAGAAUCAUGGAUUGUGAAACAACAAAAGAAGCUUGGGACAAGCUCAAGGAAAUGUAUGCGGGUAGUGAUAGAACCAAGAAAAUACAGAUUCUAAAUUUAAAGAGGCAAUUUCAAGUGUUGAAUAUGAAAGACAAUGAAUCCAUAAAGGAGUUUGCAGACAGGCUGAUGGAAGUUGUUAACAAAAUCAGACUUCUUGGUGAAGACUUGACCGAUGAAAGUGUGGUAGAAAAAGUUUUAGUGAGCUUGCCAGAGAGAUUUGAGUCUAAAAUUUCUUCACUUGAAGACUCAAAAGAUUUAACCAAGAUUUCUUUGGCUGAGCUUGUUCAUGCCUUUCAAGCUCAAGAGCAGAGAAGAUUAAUGAGACAAGAAACUAGUAAUGAAGGGGCUUUUCUUGCAAAGUAA